AUGUACACCACGAAAGGGAAAUACUCUGCCAAGAUUCUCCAACGAGGCACUGACGACUAUGAGCGUUGUCGGUCAAACAACCCAAGCGCAGCCACCCCCGAGCGCUACCCGCAUGAGAUUCAUGUAGUUGAAACUACUGAAGAUGUUUCCAAGGCGAUCAAGAGAGCUUCUGAGCUUGGAGUUAGUAUCGGAGUCCGGUCGUCCGGUCAUAUUUUCUCUCUCGGUGCCAUUGUUGAUGAUGGUAUCAUGAUAGACACAACCAAUCUCAACAGGGAAGCUAUAUACGACCGAACUACACAAGAGAUUCGUUUUGGCCCAGCUGUCAGGGUCGAAGAAAUCUCUGCAAAGCUAGCUUCCGUCAAGAGAUUCUUCCCGCACGGCCAUGCACCAACCGUUGCAGCGGGUGGGUUUCUGCUCGCUGGCGGACAAGGCUGGUUUGUCCGAGGAUGGGGCGCAACUUCCCAGACUUGGAUCACCAAAAUGGAGAUAGUUGUUCCUGAUGGUCGAGUUGUUACUGCUAGUCGAACCGAGAAUCGCGACCUGUUCUGGGCGGCGAGAGGAAGCGGGCUUGCAUUCUUCGGAGUAGUCACGAAGUUUUGGGCCCGAACGAUGCGAGCAUCCAAUCUUUGGGACCGAUCUUUAACGUUCGAACUCGGUGACAAGUACGAGGAACUGAUGACUUGGGCGUUUGAGAGCGGAAACAAAACACCGCAAUGGGGCACCGACCUCAACAUGACAAUAUUCUAUCCGGAGAAAUAUGAUCCCACUUUGGACACCGAUGAGAUCCCGGCCAAUGCAAAGCUUCACAUGGGCUUGAGUUUGCAGGCCUACGCUGACACCAAGGCACAAGCCUCCAUUUUACUCAGUGCCUAUGACGAUAUUCCUCCUUCAAUCAAGGACCUAUUGGUUGAAGUGAAACCACUUCAGGCAUCGUCCUUUGAGCAUAUUUACAAGAAAAAGAGGGGACUCAUUGGAAGUGCCGGCCAGCGGUGGUCUAUCCUCAGCAUGCUCAACGAGCCCUCGUUGCCACUACCACAGCUUAUCAAGGCUGUUAAGCCUGCCCUUUGCGAGCUCCCCACGCGCCUGUCGUCAGCAUUCAUGUGCAUCUGCGACAUCAAACCAGACGAGGACGGUGACGCACUCCUCAGCAUGCCGCAGCAGUACUAUAUUUCCACCAUUACGCAGUGGAAGGACCCAGGUUUGGAGCCUGAUAUUUACCAACAUAUGAGGGACCGGUACAAGCAGGCUCUUCCAGCCGCCUGUGGUAUUUACGUGGCUGAUUAUGAUGUCACCUGCGAUGAUGCCAACGGGAAAGUCAUGUCAGAUAUUGCAUUGGAGAAGUUCUUGAAAAUUCGACAAAGAUGGGACCCUCAAGAGCUUUUCCCCAACUACAAGAAGAUCAUUGCUACUCACCAGAAGGUUAAUAACUCUGCUAUUAAGGCUAAAAUGUAA